AAAUCUACCUUAUAUUGCAUUAAAAUUAAAUUCUUUUAAACCCAAACGGAGAAAGGAGAAGAAAGAACAAAAACCCACACUGAACUGUAUCCAGUUUUGGUGAAAGCUGAGAAGCUGAAUAACCAAUUAAUGGCUUCUGAAACAUCUCCUUCUCCGAAGAUCCUUCUAGCAAAGCCUGGACUCGUCGCCGGCGGUCCCGUCACCGGUAAAUUUUCCCGUGGCGGAGCCGCCGACGAUGAAGCUGCGCAGCUCCGUUCUCGUCUUCCUUCCGUUGCAUCUCUCAACCUUCUCUCCGAUUCCUGGGAUUUCCACAUCGAUCGCUUUCUCCCUUUUUUGACUGAGAAUACUGAUUUCACUGUGAUUGGGGUGAUUGGGCCAUCUGGAGCUGGAAAAUCAACUAUUAUGAACGAAAUUUAUGGUUUUGAUUCAACUUCACCUGGGAUGCUACCACCUUUUUCCACACAGUCUGAAGAGACCAGAGCCAUGGCAAGGCAUUGUUCUACUGGCAUUGAACCUAGGGUAUCUUCUGAACGUAUUAUUCUUCUUGAUACUCAGCCUGUGUUUAGUGCUUCGGUUUUAGCCGAGAUGAUGAGACCGGAUGGCUCUUCGACGAUUUCAGUGAUAACUGGAGAAUCACUGUCAGCUGAAUUGGCUCAUGAGAUUAUGAAUAUUCAGCUUGCUGUUCUACUUGCAUCUAUAUGCCAUGUUGUGCUGGUGGUGUCAGAUGGAGUUCAUGAUGAUAGCAUGUGGCAUUUGACGUUGACGGCUGACUUGUUGAAGCAUGGGAUACCAGACCCAUCCUUGCCGGCUUCAUCACUUUCCCAGAGCUCUAAUUUGGGGCUUGAAAAAGAUUACAAAGUUCCUGAACGUGAAGAGUACAUGGCUACCCCUGUUUUUGUACACACCAAGUUGCAUGAGCAAGACUUUACUCCCAAAAAUGUUGUGCAGUUGAGAAGGGCACUUUUGCAGUAUUUCAAAGCAUCCUCAUUUGCCAGAGAACACACUGGAAGCAAGCCUGGGGAGCAACAUGCAAGUAAUAUGGAUUCUGGCAUGCUAAAUAUGCAUGCAAUCCCAUUCAAGCAAAAGGAAGAAAACCCAAGAGCUCGGCAUGAAAGUUACAUAUCUGCAUUAUGGAAAUUACGGGAUCAGAUUUUGUCGAUGAAGCCGCCAUCUUUCGUGAGACCUGUGUCUGAGCGUGAAUGGUUGAAGAAUUCAGUCAAAAUAUGGGAACAAAUAAAGAGUUCCCCAACCAUAUUGGAUUACUGCAGAACGCUACAACAUUCUGGCAUGUUUAGGAGGUAGAUAGAAAGAAGAAAUAUUCCAGUCACCUGAUUGUAAUGAAAUAUGUAGCAGCUGGUAAGGAAGAUGGCUUUAUGGUAGGAACUGUCUGAGACUGGUCUUUUUCAAG